CAUACAAGUUACAAGAAUUGUAGAAAUCAGAUAUGGCUGCAGAGACCAUUCCCACGGUUGAUCUCUCUCUUUUCUUCCAAGAAUCUGAUGAGGAAGGAAAGAAGAUGGCCAUGGAAGUGAUUAGCCAGGCCUGCUGCAGUAUGGCUUCUUCCAGGCUCCAGCUUCAACAUUUACCCCCAAAAUCCACCACAAAUCAAAGAAACCUUGGAAGAAAUUUUCUCCUACUUGAAACUGAAAACAACGGAUUAACAGAACAUGAAGAUGGGAACUGCAUCACCUUCGUCUUCCAGGAUGAUGCCGGUGGCCUGGAAGUCCGCAAGGACGGAAAAUGGAUUCCGGUCACCCCUUUACCAGACACAAUGGUCGUUAAUGUUGGCGAUGUCAUCCAGGUGUUAAGUAACAAGAAGUUCAAGAGUGCAACUCGUAGAGUGGUGAGACCGAAGGGAAAAAGCAGGUAUUCGUAUGCUUUCUUCUAUUCGUUGCAGGGGGACAAAUGGGUGGAACCAUUACCGCAGUUCACUGAUGAGAUUGGUGAGAGACUUAAGUACAGAGGAUUCUUUUACAAGGAUUACCAGGAAUUGAGGAUGAGAAACAAGAGACAUCCACCUUCCAGGCCUGAAGAUGUUAUUCACAUAACCCACUAUGCAAUUACAUCAUAGAACAAGACAAUAAUUUCUGAACUUACUGCAAUCAUUUUAAUGUGUCUGUUUCUAGAAUUUAAGGUUGCUGUCUUCUGUUUCUUCUUGUUGUUCUAUGCGAAUUCUGUUUUUUUGAAGUAAAUUGUUUGAUUCUGA